AUGGCUGUUGGUGAUAAUGUAUUGUCUGAAUGUAAACGGAAAAUGAUAAGGAAGAUUAAAAAAGGAAGCAAAAGAUUUUACCGAACUAAUCCCUACAGAGAGAUUGAAGAUAUCAUUAUAAGAGAGAAAAAUCCUAUAGGUUACCAAAAAGAAGAUAUUAUUGAAAUGGUACAGGCCAAGAAAAAGCGUGCAAAAAGGCGUAGAAAGAAAAGUAUGCAGCAAUUACGAAAAGAAGAACUUAUACGAGGCAUUAAUGAAGAUAAUAUCGAAAUUCACCGCUAUGAGCGAAUUCUUGGUUAUAAUAAGAGGAAAAGCAAAAACAUGCCGAAAGUAUUUCGCACCGAAGGGCUCGAUUAUCUCCUUGAGAUGUGUGAUUCAAAACCAUCGCAACACAGCAGUGUUGAUGGAGACAGCGGUUCUGACAUAUAUAACAGUGAAAUGUUGAACGAGGGGGACGAGAGUGGCAGUGAAAAUAAAGAUGAAAAUAGUGCUUUGGCAACGUGUACUCCGAAAAAAAACUCAGCAUCACCAAAAAUUCAGAGGGAUGAUUUUACUGAAAUGAAUGAGAACAGCGAGGGUGAAAAUGAUAUUGAUAUGAACUUGGAAGAAGAUAUUUAUGGUCGCCUGAUUAAUAAAAAGACAGGAGAAUUUCUGCGUUCAAAAUUAUGUGCUGAAGAGAAGCUCAAUGAAUUAGAACAAAAAGUCGGCCUGGUAGAAACCGAAGAGCAUUUGAAAUUGAAAAAGUCUUUGAGAGGUUUGGUCAAUCGACUGAACGAACGUACUUUGGUGGGUGCUGUGAAAAUAUUCUCCAAUAUAUUUACCAGCAGAAGGCAUAAUGAAGUGAAACAGUUGCUUUUUUCGGAAAUUAUAAGCAGUGUCGAUGUAGGUUAUCGCUUGCCAGAUCGGAUUAUUAUUGAAUAUGCAGUAUUUAUUGCUCUCAUUCAUGCGACAGUUUCCGCAGAAGUUUCAGCGUAUUUUAUCGAGAAUUUCAUUGUAAAACUUUUGGAAAUGGUGGUUGUAUUGCCAGAUGGUAAAUCUCUUGAAAACCUCUGUGUUUUACUUGCCGAGCUGUAUAAUUUCAGGGUUAUCAAAGUCAUCAUGAUUACCGAAAUUAUGGAGUGUUUGCGUAAACAGGUCAACGAUAAAUGUCUUAAUUGUUUCAAAGCUCUUCUAAGCUACUGUGGCAAAACUAUGAAGAUCAGAGAUUUGGAUGCAUUCCAAAAAUCUAUAAGAGAAACGCAGUCAUUCUUCUCACAACUUCCAGAAGCAUCUUCCGACAUACAUCAGUGGCGGUACAUCGUGGAUGAAAUCAAUUCAAUAAAGAAUGUGAAUAUUCGUAAAUUUACGGAUGUAAUAGAUUUUACAGUGCAUUCUCACUACGUAAAUAUCUUCCGUGGAUUAACGAAAAAGUUGGACAAAGAAAAAGAGUUGCCCAUGAGUGUGGAUGACAUAAUGCACAUAGGCGAACGUGGACGUUGGUGGCUUGUUGGUUCAGCCUGGUUCCCGACUGCGUCAGUGCCGCAAAACAAAACAGAUGAUAAAUUCGUUGAACAAAUCUUGAAAUUCAGUGCUCCUUUAUUGGAGCUUGCGAAAAAAGCUAAAAUGAACACAACGAUCAGACGUGACAUUUUUUGCACCAUCAUGUCUUCAGCGGAUGAAAUGGAUGCAUUUGAAAAAUUAUUGAAACUUUCCUUCAAAGGACAACAAGAAAGGGAAAUAGUGCAUAUCUGUGUUCAUUGUGCACUGCGAGAAGCUACUUAUAAUGCAUUUUAUGCUGCUGUUAUCGAUCGCUUCUGUUGUUAUCAUAAACGUUUCAAGCUCACCACACAGUACGCAUUGUGGGACCGGAUCAAAGUUUUGUCACAGAUAAGUGAAUUGCAGCGUAGAAAUUUAACGUUACUUACUGUUGAUCUAUUGGUUAAACGAUCAGUUGGGCUUACUUUACUAAAGGUAAUUGAAUUUGGUGCAAUUGAUAAAAUGACAGCUCAGUUUGUGCGAAGCGUUUUAUCCACUGUGCUGGUUCAGAGUACGCAGCAGGCACUGAUGGAUAUGUUCCAAAAUGUGGUCAAUUCACCGCAACACAAGUUUUUUGCCGAGGGUCUUCAAGUUUUUAUUCAUAUGGCAUUAAAAAAACCGCAGAAGAACAUUGAUAACAAAUUGCUUUUGUCAAAAAUUAAGUUUAUUGAGAGUAUUUGGGGUAAUAAUCCUCUUUGA